ACACCUCCGCUUCCUCCUCGCCUCCUCUUCCUCCCCCCAAAACAAAAUCCCCCACCUCCGCAUCGGCAGCGCGCAAUUUCAAGCAUCUCCGGCCUCCUCCCGCCGCCCGAUCUCCUCCUCGCGCGCGCCUAGGGUUAGGGCUUCGACCCUCCCUCCUCUCACCAUCCUCCGGACUCGGCCGCAUCAGCCGCGCGCCAUGAGGGUCCACCCGGCCCCGCGGAAGCGCACCAUCGCCGUCCAGCGCUGCGCCGCGGCGGCGGCCGCGGGCGGAUCGAAGAAGCUGCGGCGCCUCCCGCACAUCUUCGCCAAGGUGCUCGAGCUCCCCUUCGCCGCCGACGCCGAAGUCGCCGUCGAGGAGGACGCGGCGGAGCUCCGCUUCGUCGCCGCCGCCGAGGGCUUCUCCGCGGGAGGCGCGCGCGCCCACGCCGUCGAGAUCCACCCCGGCGUCACCAAGGUCGUCGUGCUGGACCUGUCCGCUGGCGUCGGGGUCGGCUCCGACGACGGGGCCGCGGCCUUCGAGCUCGACCGCUGGCGGUUCCGCCUCCCUCCCUGCACGCGCCCCGCCUUGGCCACCGCCACAUACGCCGAGGGCGAGCUCGUCGUCACCGUGCCCAAGGGUGCCGCCCCUGCCGACGGCGAUGACGGCGGUGACGCGCCCGCCCUCCUGGGAGGCGCAGCCGCCGACACCGUUCUCCUGUUUGUAUAGAGUAAUUUUAUUUGUUUAUUUAUUUAUAUGCCGUAACAGCACUUUUGCUCACCCGACUCUCUUUGCUAGUAAUAUUUAUGUUGCGACAUAAUCAUAUAUUCGUAAUAACAUGCCGUAAUACUAGUAACAAAUAAUCUGUA